AUGAAAUUAAUAAAAUUAUGUCUUCAAAUACCACAAAGCAAGAAAGAUGAAGAUGAAAUUGUACAGAGUACAAUUUGCUAUGGAAAAAAGAGGGAAGAUCUCUACGAAAUUCCGGAAGAACUGCGAGAAGAAGGGCAACAUAUUUUAGAAAUAUAUUUAAAGUGUAAUUUCAUUAAGAAAUUGCCUAGUUGGUUAGGGCAACUGAAGAAUCUCACUAACUUAUAUUUAUAUGGCAAUCGAUUACAGUCGUUGCCAAAUGAAAUUGAAGAAUUGGAGUCUCUAUUUUGCUUAGAUGUGGGACUCAAUAAUCUUGUUACCCUGCCGUCAACAAUUGGUAAACUGUCGCAGCUUAAUUUUCUGUGUGCUUCAAGGAAUUAUUUAACUUGUUUACCAGACGAAAUAUGCAAACUUACUUCUUUGAAAGUAUUACUUUUAUCUGGCAACAUGAUUUCUCAUCUACCAGAAUCAGUCUGCAAUUGUAUUGAUUUGGAAGAACUUUGCUUAGACGAAAAUUGUUUAACAAGCCUUCCUCAACGUAUUGUCUACUUACCUAAGUUAGAUUUCUUGUCAGUGAUGGGAAAUCAAUUACUAUAUUUACCAGCUUUACCAUUUAUAUCUUCUCCAAAAUUGUGUUUUGAGAGGAAUCCGUUUCUUAAUUACUUAACAUUCUGUUUAGGCAGUCAGUUCUCUUUCCUCGCAGGUCAUGAUGGGGGCAUGUGGAAAUUAGACACAUUUGGAUGCUUCGAAUCUAACGUAGGUACAGAAUUGCUCAGCAAUUUUAUUCUGCACAUUAAAACUUCUUUUUAUCCAGCAAGGAACUAUGUUACACUUGUCAUGCCACAAGAUCUCUUGAUGGUGUCCAAUACAUUACCAGGAAGCAAGAAAGUACCAUCAAUGUACGAGUUGUCCAUCCGAGUUGUAUACCAAAUCUUGAAUAACCACAAAUUAAAUAUUGAGUACAGCAAUGGUCACCAUGUUAUAACAAUGAUAAAUGAGCAAAAGAAUUGCAUACCUCAAAAUUACCCCCAAAAUAUAAGUAACCAAUUAAGAAAAGGACCCACAACAAUUUGUAAUAAUCCAGAUUGUAAUACUCCUAUUUUUACGCAUGCUUUUGUAUGGAUUAUUUCCAAACAGAUUGUAAACACAGCUGGUGAUAUACAAGAAAUUUUAUCUGCAAUAUUCUUUUGCUCAGAUCACUGUAGUUCAAAAUGUACAGCUUAUGAUGAAUUCAAGUUAUCUAAAAUAACCACAGCUUUAUCUAAAAAGUCACUAUGUUCAAAUGAUGGUGAGUUUGCAUCUCGCUUUUCUUGGGAACUUGAUUCAUCUGAUUUAUCAGCAUUUAUGGAAUUAUCUUGGACUCCAUCAUUUACUGAAGCAGAAGAGUUUUCUUUUGUUAAUGUUUGUUCAUCCACCAUGGGUUCAUCUAGAGAUUUCAUAGCAGCACUGUUUUCAGAGACUUCCAUUGUGUUUAAUUCACUUCCACAAUUAUUGUCAGUGUUAAAUCCUGUAUGUUUACAUGGCAAUAUGACAGAUGAGCACUCAUCCUUAACGGGGCUUUUGGUUGGAAAACAUGAUACUUUUUCAUCAUCUGGUUUACAAUAUCGUAGAUGGGGAAUGGAGUCAAACCUUGUGGCUGAGUUUGUAGCUCAGACUGGAGCAGACUCCACUGUAGCUCAAACCUUUCUUCAAGCUAAAGGAUGGAAUCUAAAGUUGGCUCUGCAAGCUUACUUAUAUAUGCCUGAUGAUACAUCGAAUCAUUGGUCAGUUCAUGAAGAAAAUGGUAACUUGACAGAACCUAGGCAUACUUUGUCUUCAAGACCUGUGCUACAAAAAUCAGAUGCUAUUGAUUGUGCAAAAAAACUUACGAGAGGGAUUUCUCGGGCUACAGAAAAUAUUAAUUUGGUGUCAAGAGCCCGGUCAGAUAUAGCCCAUGAUUUCAGAGAAAACACAGUUUAUAAUGUGAAUCAUUACUUUAUUGAAACACCUGUAUUUACAUUCACUCUUCCUGACUUGACAAUUUAUCCAGUUUCAUGUACCAAUGUUUCAGAGGAUUUCCGGGGAUUUUUGGAGAAGGAUCUGAUUGAGAUGUCAAGUCUAGUCUCUCUUGAACAAGCAGGAAGAUUAAAUUGGUGGGCUGAUUCAGGGGCAUGCCAAAGAUUGUGGCCAUUAGCAACCACUGGUGAUGGCAAUUGUUUAUUGCAUGCAGCUUCAUUAGGCAUGUGGGGGUUUCAUGAUAGAUUACUUACUCUUCGCAAAGCUCUUUAUGGCUUUUUAAGUAGCAGUGAGUGUAAAGAUUCUCUUUGGCGUCGUUGGCGGUGGCAACAGACAAUAAUUAAUGCUCAAGCUGGAUUUGUGUAUUCAGAAGAAGAGUGGAAGAGAGAAUGGAGUAACAUUGUGGAAAUGGCAUCUACUGAACCUAGGAAGUUGGAGAGUGGACGUAGGCGCAGUAUUCUUAUUGAUAGAAACUUAGAUGAAUUGAGUGAAAAUGCUACUUAUGAAAGUUUGGAGGAAAUUCACGUACUGGCUCUUGCUCAUGUGUUAAGAAGACCAAUUGUUGUUAUUGCAGAUCUAAUGCUUAAGGAUGUGAACGGUGAAGACCUUGCACCCAUUCCUUUUGGUGGAGUAUAUCUUCCCCUGGAAUGCGCUGCAUCUGAUUGCCACAGGUCUCCAUUGGUACUAACUUAUGAUGCUGCACACUUUUCAGCUUUGGUUGUGAUGGAGAAAGAAACUUUUGUUGAUCGAAUGCCGCAACCACCAGCUGUCAUACCAAUAACAAAUUCAGACCAUGAACUCUUACCUAUUCAGUUUAGUAUUGAUCCUGGCAAAAACUUUAAUUGGAAUAGUGAUGAAAUGACAAGUUCAUUAUGUAAAAAAUUCAGUUUGUCUCUUGCAGAACAAAUGGGCCUGUUAGGAAAAUAUUUGGAUAUUAUCCAAGUACCUAUUCCAAGCUCUCCAGGUGUUGAUGAAGGAGAUAUAGAACUUGAGGGUGGAACUAAUAAUUUCACAAAUGACGAAGAAGAUAUUGAAAAGAGGUUUUGUGAAGUCCUUGAAACUAAUGUAAAUGAAGAUAAUACUCAAAUGGGAGAUUCUGGUAAUCGAAGUAAAGCUGCCAAACAACUUCAGUCUGUAGCAAAACAGUUUGGAAGUAUUGGGAAAUCAAUGAGUAAAAAACUAAAGAAGAAUCUUGGUUCUAUUACAAAAAUUACUCGUACAAAUUCUCAAAAGAAAGGUGUGUCAACUAGUCCAGUGCGUCAAACUACAAGACUAAAUUCAAAUUUAGUUUCUCGGUCUCAAGAUUAUAUUUUGUGUGCUCGCAUUCAUACAGAAAAACGUCAUGAAUUCCAAGAGGAAAUGGUUAGAAAUUAUCUCCAAUCAGCAAGAAUUCGCUUUCAAAGAGACAAAGUAUUAAAACAGAAACAGGCUGAAGAAAGGCGUCAAAAGGAUGAAAUGAAGUUGAAGGAACUUGCCCGACUAGAAGGUCCAUCAAAUUGUAUUAACCCGGGUUGUGAUCAAUAUGGUACUGCUAUUACAAGUUACAUGUGUAAAGAUUGUUAUGAAAAACAAAGAGAUCGAGAAAUGUCUACAAAUAUCAAUAGUCCUGUGCCAUCCAGAGUUAAAGUUGGUGCAUCUGGUGAUUCUGAUAGUUCUGUUUCAGAGGAAGUGUAUGCUCCUCGAUAUGGGGCGGGCAAGUCACGAUUCUACACAGAGGCAGAUGCAUUGUCUCAUAGUGUUGUGAGUCGUCUGCCUUCAUCCAAAGCAGGAAGCAAUAUAGAUCAGACCCUUUAUCUUUCUAGGUCCACGUUUUAUAAUGACACCUCAUCAACUGUAAAUUCUUCUGACAAUAAACUGAAUGUCAAGGCAGACAAAGAAAACCUAAGAACAUCAGGCCAGGAGUAUUCAGUGCCUAGUUACAGUCCUAGUCCUACUGGGAACUGGCCAGAAGAAAUUGGUGGUCUUUUGGGAACAAAAAGUGGUACAAGCGAGACUCCUUUGGCCCGAAUCCACAGUUACAAUUUGGCCAGGACUUGGGAAGGAAAUAGAACAAGUGAUGGUCAUAAAGUGGAUUCCAGCCACAGUGCAGGGCAUACAUCUAAUUCUACAUUAAUGCCUGAAUCCAGUUGUCCACCUUUAAGAUCUUCAACUUCAUUGGGUACCCGCAAUGUUUCUGUUGCAACUUUGAGUCCUCAGUCGAGCAAUGAGUUACCGAACGUGGAGAGAGUCACAGCUGGUCAUCGUACUGCUGUAGGCGUCUGGGUGCCGUGUUCAGGAGCAUACCCAUGUCGUACAAACAAUUGCAAAUUUUUUGGUAAUCCAGAAAGUGACUAUUACUGUUCUAAAUGUUAUAAAGAAGUUGUGCAACCUAGUUUAAAGAGUCUCCAAGUUCAAGAAGUGAAGAGGUAGUGGCUCUUAUUGUGUUUUAUGUAAUGCGUUUGACUUAAAACACUCCUAAUUGUUGUUUUCUACACAGUCUGACAUUAAUUAAUUUCAAAUAAUGUUUGAUAUUAUUUGGAAGAAUAGAACGUGUAGUUUAUUAAAUUAUUAUUUCCUUAGUUACUUUUAUUGAAACAAUCUUUCUUGGGAGACUAAUGUAGCUUUAAUUUGCUUUAAAUAGUGACCAUGUGUUGUGUGUUAUUGGCAAAUAACUUUUAAUGAUUAGGUUUGGCAAAUGGAUUAGUUUCCCAAAUAAAGGUGUACAUCGAUGCAAAUUUUUCUUCUUUUGAUUGAAUACUGUUAAUAUUUGUACCUGAGGCGAUUACUGUUCUAUCGAGUUCCUUUGAUAAAUGGUUGUAUAACAAAUUGGGCCUUGAAUAAUACAAACAAAUUCAAUGAUUCUUUGUAUUGUAUGUUUGCUUUGUAAGAUUAGCGUGAUAAAUUCUCAUUUGUCUUGUCCGAGUUGCUUCGAGAAUGCACACUAGUCAUCUGUACUUAAUUUUUGUGUGUGGGAAGAAUGCUGUCUACUCUUUUGUAUUUUAGAACUUAUCACUGUAUCAAUUCUUAAUGGAAGUACAAUAAUAUUAUCCCUUAUUUAUCAGCUUUUGACAGCAUUAAGAAUUUUUUUGAAUGCUUGAAUAUUGAAGUUAUGACUGGUCAGAUUUCUGUAGUUUUAUGCUCUUGCUUGUCUUCUGUCUUUCAAUUAUAAACAGACUUACUUCUUUAUUCUUAUGUGUGUUGUGUAUGUUUUGGGAAUGCAACAUGCUCUCAGUUUGUGUUGAAAGUUGUGAAUGCAGCCUACAAAGGGCAUUCAUGUUCUCAGACUUGAUUAGUUUCUUUCUACGAACUGAACUGCAUCUCCUUACUAUUCAUGCAGCAAUGCUCAACUAACUUUAACUAAGAGUGAAACUAAAUUAAUUGCUCACUAUGUAUGUUUAAUAGAUUUUUGAAUGAAUGUAAAUUGUACAGUCUGCCACUUAUGCCUUCUCUAGAUGUAUAGUUUUUAACUGCUAAGUCAUAAUGAAUUCUAUCAGAUAAGAACAGUAUGUAUUAAAAAAGGUGCCAAAAUUUGUAAUCCCAGCAGAACAUAUUCUUAAUUAAUAGUCAUGCAGCAUUAUGUGAUAGUCGUUUAUGCAAGAGCACUUUCUUGCUAGAAAUAGAAGGAAAAAAAAGCUAUUCACACUCAUUAGAAUUUUCAGAAUUACUGAGUUAUUUCUUGGCAACGAUUGUCUGUUGGGAUUGUAAAUAUGUUAAUAGAUAUUUUUUUCUGAAAUGCAACUUUCUUUAAACUGGGGAAGUGAUUUUGCUAUAAUGUUCCAGCAAAGUCAUCCAGAUCAUCCAAAUAAUUUGCAUUGAAACAGUUAUUUACAAUACAGUUUCACUAGGUGUCCUUCUGUGUAUAAGUAUUAAUGUUAUAAAUAUCUAUUUUGUAAUACUUAAUCUAUAUACAAUUGUGCAUAUGUAUAUACAUAUAUGCAUUCCUGGAAAUGUAUGGCUAUAUACACAUCAUGCAGUUUAUUUUCCUUUCAUUUUUGUGUACUAACUUUGAGAGGAAAGCUGACAUAAUGAAUAAUACUCUGCAAGUUUAAUUAUUAAUACAGUGAGUAUGUUUAUGAAAUUGUUGUAAAUGAGAAUCAUAUGGCAGUGUUAACAGAAACUAGAUUUCUAAAAUAUUGUUAAAAAUACCAUAACAAUUAAAUAUUUGUUAAUACUAACCUUGCAGUAGUGAAAUUUUACUGAUAUUGUAUCCACAAGUGAAAUACUAGUCGAACAUAGUGGGAAUAAUGUUUGCUUUGUUGUGUUGCUUUCAAUUUGUUGUGAUAUAUAAGUAUAUUUUUAAGCAUAAUAAUAGUAGGUCAGCUUUUGCAACUGAAGUAUCAUAGUUUGAUAAACUUUCUUAGUAUGAAUAAAAUGGUAUUAUUUACA